UUCACUGUGGUUGGUCAAGACUGCAGUGGUAGAUCUACAGAACAGCUGUUUUGUGAUGUUGCAUUUUAAUGUUAAGGAAUAGCGUCUCAUUUUCACUAUGAAGAUAUUUAUCAGUAUACCACUGACUUUAUGCACACUUCUGUUCAUCAAUUUUGGCUCUUUUGUGAAUGCAACGAGGAGGCCAUGGACAACGGCUGAAAACAGUGGGAAUGUGACAAGGAGGGCCAGAGCUGUAAACAAACCGACACCUGUUGACUGUGUAAUGGGGAGGUGGUCAUCUUGGACUCCGUGUGACUCCUGCACGGACAAAAAGUUCCGUUUCCGAUACUUGGAGAGGCCCUCGCAGUUUGGCGGCACAGAGUGCACUGAGACACUGUGGGAGAAGCAGGAAUGUCCAGAAGCAACCGCACAGUGUCUGGUGCCAGAUUACUGUGGAAAGAGCUUCACCUGCAUUGAAACUGGGCGCUGCAUCAGCCAGUCUCUUCGCUGUAACGGAGAGGCAGACUGUGAAGAUAAUUCUGAUGAGGACGGCUGUGAAAGCGUCAUCGAAAGAAACGACAAGUGUUCUACCCUGAUGCCGAUCCCUGGAGCUGAACGUGCUACUCAAGGCUACAACGUCUUGACAGGAGAAUUUGUGGAUCAUGUACUCGACCCCAAGUACUUUGGAGGAAAGUGUGAAUAUGUCUACAAUGGCGAAUGGAGGAAAUUCAGCUAUGACUCAUUCUGUGAGAACCUGCACUACAAUGAAGAUGAGAAGAACUACAGGAAACCUUACAACUACCACACCUACCGUUUUGUGGCUGAGGCUACGUCAGAGGGCUCAAGUGAAUACUACGACGAUAUGAUGAGCAUGCUGAAAGCGAGGAAAGAAAUGAAUUCUUUCAACCUGGGCGUCACAGUUGGGAUCUAUUAUGUUGAAGGGGGAUUACGUGGAGGUGAGGAAUCUGAAUUUCUCCGGAACCUAACGAAGCAUAACAGCCAGGACUUGGGGUUCGUUCGGCUGUGGUCCAAAAUACAAACAGCCCACUUCAAAAUGAGAAUGGAUAAGCUGAUGCUUCACGAAGAUUUCUACAUUUCACUGAUGGAGCUCCCCGAGCAGUACGACUUUGGGAUGUACUCCAGCUUCUUCAACACAUUUGGCACUCACUACGUCACGGGGGGAACUAUGGGAGGGACCCUUGAAUAUGUUGUGGUUGUCAACAAAACGUUAAUGGCAAGAUCAAAGGUGGAGGGUGAACAGGCUGGUUCAUGCUUUGGCGCCUCUAUUGGCUUAGGCAUUCCCCUCAGCAGCUACGUAGACAUGAAUCUCAGAGUGGGUCCGAAUUGGUGCACUAAGAAGGGAAAGUAUAAAGAAGAAAGGCCCUCUAGUUCUGCUGUGGUUGAGGACAUUAUCACUCUUGUGAAGGGGGGCGUCGUGGACAGCAGCAGUGGCCUGUUGGCUAUCAGGAACCCUGAAACAUACAAGAACUGGGGAGCGACCCUCAAGUACAACCCAACACUCGUCGAAUCUGAGACCAUGCCAAUUUAUGAGCUAGUGCGCUUCAGCACAGCCGUUGAGCAUGUGGGCGCCAGACUGGCCAACUUGCAGAGGGCCUUUGAUGAGUAUCUGCAGCAGUUCGACUCCUGUCGCUGCGUCCACUGCAGGAACAACGGCAUCCCUGUCUUCCAAGGCACUACCUGUAAAUGCAACUGUAAAGCAGGCUACAUGGGUGACGCCUGUGAAGAGACUCACAGGAGAGACACCGUGACAGAUGGUGCAUGGUCCUGCUGGGGGACCUGGUCAUCUUGCGCAUCAGGCAGGAAGACUCGGACAAGGACCUGUACUAAUCCUGCACCUGACGGAGGCGGAGCGACCUGCCUCGGCUCCUCCUCUCAGAAUCAACGUUGUUAGAGAGCCGUUCCCUUCAGAAUCAGAUGCUCUGAAGUCCUGAUUUACAGUCUAAUUUUUCACUUAGUGUAAGCUGUUCUUUGACAAUCCUUUUGUUAAAGUCGUUGCUCUCAAAAGUCACUUUUCAGGACAACCUGUAUGACAUACUGUACUUUAAGCAGGAAUAAAUGAUGAUCAGACUUUC